AAGCAGAUCCAUUCCAAAAAGGAGUUUUAGUUUGAUUAGACUGAUCAUCCUGAUGGGAUGGUAUUGUAGUAUUAGCCAGGGAAAGGUUCUGGUUUUAGAUAUUCUUAUUUUUACAAGUAUCGAAGAAACUCUUCCCUCAACUAGUUAUAAAUGGUGUUGUAACAGAAUCAGUUUGAAAUGCACUAAAGACAGGCUUCCAGCAUCAGAUACAAUACCAAAAGUUGCAUUUUUGAGAUGGUCUCCAUGUAAUUUCUCCCAUAUGGGCCCUAAAACCCCAGAUGCUCUAAGAAGUGUUUAGGGCCCUGUAAGACACAAGGCCAUCACUAAUUAGCAAAGACCUCAAGCACGUGUUUAACUUUAAGCAUGUGCUUUUCUUUCCCAGGAGUCCAUAGAAUUAAGGACUUUAAGUGAGUGGGUUUAGGGAUAUGCUUAAAGCUAAGCAUGUGUUUAGUUGCUUUCUUGUGCUCUGGCUUUAUUUGUUUUUACAGAUAUAAGAGAAAUGAAAGAUCUUAUUACAGAUCAAACACAAAUAAAUGUCCAAGACACAGCAGGGAGGCUUUAGGUCUUGGUUUGGAGCCCAGUGAAGUCAAUGGAAAAACACCCCAACACCUCAGCGGACUUUGGAGCAGAGUCCUCAGAGGAUCGAUGAAGAACCCACUGCAGAAACCUGUUGAAUGCCUCAUGUUUCCUUGCAAGGUUCCCUUAUCUUGUAUCCAGAUGUUGCUAACAAGGGUUUUUAUUAGCUGCUGAGAAGUACAAGGGCAGCAGUUUUUCAAGUCCUGAAAUCAUGCACAUACAGAUGAAAUAGAAACAGUUUGUGCUGCAGUAGCAAUUGUGGUCUGUGGAGCUGUGAGUGUAUUUCAAAAGUUCUCCAGUUCUUAUUAUAGAAUCCUAGACUGGUUUGGGUUGGAAGGGACAUUAAAGACCAUCUUGUUCUACCCCCUGCCACGGACAGGGACAUUUUCCACUAUCCCAGGUUGCCCCAAGCUCUGUCCAACCUGGCCUGGAACACUUCCAGGGAUGGGGCAGCCACAGCUUCUCUGGGCCUCCCCACCCUCACAGGGAAGAAUUUCUUACUAAUCUCUAAUCUGACCCUGCCUUCUGUCAGUUUAAAGCCAUUCCCCUUGUCCUGUCACUUCAUGCCCUUGUAAGAAAAACAUGUCUUGGUCCCACUGAUCUCAAAGUGUUUGCUCUGUCUUUCACGCAGUGCAGUGAGGCAAGUGUUGUCACACAGUUCCUAGGGAAAAUGUUGCAUCUUUGUGGAGGGAGAGGUUUACACAACAGGAAGAGCAGGUUCCUUUGAAUAGCAUUUCUCUUUGCUGCCUUUAGAUCUCUGCAGUGUGCACAGCAACACCUGACUUACUCAUUUGGAUUCUCCUUUUAGGUGUGCAGGGAAAUAGCCACUGCUUGGGAACAGUCUGAUCUAGUUUUGAGGUUCACUUCAGGAUGAUGCUGGAGAUGUCUCUGCUUGAUCAGUUGAAUUUCCACCCAUACAGCUGAAUUUUUGUCCUUUGGUUGAGGCUGGAGCUUUGCUUACUUCUUCAGAGACUGCCCUAACCAAGGUCAGCAGAACUGCCUGAGCCACCAGCCAUCACCCAGCAGGGAAAAUGAUCAUGUGCUGUCUUGCCAGGCUUGUUAUGAAGGCAGGUGUCAUUAGAAGGUGUUCCUGCCUCCUCCUUCUCCUCCUCAGAAGUCAUUUGGGUCACAGCAGCAGAGCCAUGGGACAAGCUUUGUCCGAGCUGGGGAGCAGAGAGCCCACCUCGAGUCUCUGCAGAACAGGCGGGUUGUUUGCAGACUUUAGAGCCCAAAAAGGUGCAGCUGCUCUAAAAAUAACACAGGAUCCAAGAACUGGUUUGGGAAGGUCUGAGUCCAGAGGCAUCUCCUGAAAUGCUGCCAUUAGAGGAGAAGUUUCCCUUGUAAACAGAGCUGGCCUAAUUUCUAGAGGUGCUGAACAUCGACCUGCAGUGCUUGCUGAGACACCAUGAUUCCUGGUAACCGAAUGCUGAUGGUCAUCCUACUAUGCCAAGUCCUUCUAGGAGGUACUAACCAUGCUAGCCUAAUCCCUGAGACCGGCAGGAAGAAAGUGGCAGAGCUACAGGGACAAGCCGGAUCCGGACGCCGCUCUGCCCAAAGCCAUGAACUCUUGCGGGGUUUCGAAACAACUCUGCUGCAGAUGUUUGGGCUCCGAAGGCGGCCUCAGCCCAGCAAGUCAGCCGUCAUUCCUAGUUACAUGCUGGAUCUCUAUCGACUCCAGUCCGGAGAAGAGGAGGAAAGCCUCCAGGAAAUUAGCCUGCAGUACCCUGAGCGAUCGACCAGCCGGGCAAACACCGUGAGGAGUUUCCACCAUGAAGAGCACCUGGAGAGCGUCCCGGGUCCCAGCGAGGCGCCCCGGAUCCGCUUCGUCUUCAACCUCAGCAGCGUGCCGGAAAACGAGGUGAUCUCCUCGGCGGAGCUGCGGCUGUACCGGGAGCAGGUGGAGGAGCCGAGCGCGGCGUGGGAGAGGGGCUUCCACCGGAUAAACAUUUACGAAGUGAUGAAGCCGCUGUCGGAGCGCGCCCAGGCCAUUACGCGCCUGCUGGACACGCGGCUGGUGCACCACAACGUGACGCGCUGGGAGAGCUUUGAUGUGAGCCCGGCCGUGAUCCGGUGGACCAAGGACAAGCAGCCGAACCACGGGCUGGUGAUCGAGGUCACCCACCUCCACCACGCACAGACUCAUCAGGGCAAACACGUCAGGAUUAGCCGAUCUUUACCUCAAGGGCGUGGGGACUGGGCGCAGCUCAGGCCGCUCCUGGUCACUUUUGGGCACGACGGGCGAGGCCACGCUCUGACCCGCAGGGCCCGCCGGAGCCCCAAGCACCAGCGUUCCCGCAAGAACAAAAAAAACUGCCGCCGCCAUGCCCUCUAUGUGGAUUUCAGCGACGUGGGCUGGAACGACUGGAUCGUGGCACCGCCGGGCUACCAGGCGUUUUACUGCCACGGGGACUGCCCCUUCCCCCUGGCCGACCACCUCAACUCCACGAACCACGCCAUCGUGCAGACGCUGGUGAACUCCGUGAACUCCAGCAUUCCCAAGGCCUGCUGCGUGCCCACGGAGCUCAGCGCCAUCUCCAUGCUCUACCUGGAUGAGUAUGACAAGGUGGUCCUGAAAAACUACCAGGAGAUGGUGGUGGAGGGGUGCGGGUGCCGCUGAUCCCUUCCCCGCCGCCCUCUCCUCCCUUUCUCUCUCCCUCCCGUCCCACCCCAGAACUGCUUGCUAUAGCUGGACUCUUCUCUAAACUAAACGUUCACCUUGACCUUAUUUAUGACUUUAUGUGCAAAUGUUUUUGACAAUAAUGAUCAUAUAUUUUGACAAAAUAUAUUUAUAACUACAUAUUAAAAGAAAAAAUAAAAUGAGUCAUUAUUUUAAAGGUAAA